CACAGCCUGUACUGUGAUGCAGAGAUACUCGAGCUUUGCCUGUAGGUGCAUAAAAAUUGAGUGAAUUUUGGAUAAGUUUAGUUCACUGUUUGCUGCAGCCCUCUGGAGUUGUGUCAUUAUGUUUGGCUUGUUAGUUCUGCCUGAUAGCUGCAAACUGAACAUGAAAUAUGCACUUAAAGCUUACAUUCACACUCCAGAAGUCAAAAAGUAUGUGCAUCAUAGCCUAUUAAAUGCAAACGGGGAAACAAAUGCCGCUCUGCAGCACCUCCAGCUGAAAGCCUCUUCCUGUGGCUCUGUUCACCAGUAUGAAACACAUUUAUGAACUUUGUAUCUUGCGCCCACAGCAGUAUGUGCUGCGUGGUGUUUGCAGAAAGCUGCUGGUGUUUGAGCCGGGGAAGCAUUUCCAGCAUCAUGGGACACUUGUAGAAACUUUCCUCCCUCAGAAUCAACCCAGUGUUUGAGGUGAGUCAGCAGCUGCUGGAGGGGGACCCAAAACAGCUUUUACAAACUGUUAAAUAACCUCCUUUCUCUGCGCACUGCACACUCCCUCCUCUCAUCACAUACAGUAAAUCAGCAGAGGAGUGUAAACUAGUUAUUAAAGGUGGGGUAGGCAGGAUCUGAGGAAGUGUCAGUUUUGGGGAGAAAUCUUGAAUGUAAACACUACCUCUACCAUCCAGUUUUCCCCUCAGCUCCUCCUCUCCCCUCCCUCUCUGCUCCAGCAAGCCCCGCCUACAAACAGACGCUCCUGUUAACUUGAAUCGUUUCAAUAAAAUUCCGAUAUAAUGCAGAUAAAUACUUAAGAUAAUCAAAAAUGGGGCCCAGUAAACAUGAAAGUAAAAAGGAUUGGUGCUACUGUAGAUGCCGACAGACUACCAGCAAACACAAUGUUGUUUUCGUUGACGAAAAUAUUUAAUCAACGCCCCUUUUUUUCCACGACGAAGACGUGACGUUGACAAGCUAAACAUAGAUCUUAGAUGACUAAAAUGUGACGAGACGAAUGUGUGUUUACGUUGACCAGACGAGACUAGACGAAAAUGUUAGUAGUGGACGAUGAACAGAGUUGCAAAAUUCAUGAGCAUUUCAUCAGUCAAAUGCUAAAUAUAUAUUCUGCGGUGUUGUUUUCAUUGACGGUGACACAAUGUUUGCAGGACUUCUCCAACUAGGAUAAAGUGACAAACUCCAGGACCCGAGAUAAACAGUUUAGCGGUGCUACAAAACGCAGCAGGUCCCGUUUGACAAGAAACACUUCUGUUACACUUGGCUUACUUUGUUAAAGCGGUUUACCUGUCCAGCAGAAAGGUUACAGGGUCCGUAAGAUCCUGAAGCAUCCCCUAUCAUUUAUGCUGAUGUUGACCUGGCUUCUUAGCUCUUGUCCGGUCUACCUCCUUUUUAAGCGCUCGUUAUUCUGCCAGAGUCUCCGGUAUUUAGUUUGUUUUAUUGCUUGUGUUUUCUGUACUUUCUGGUUGGUUUCUACUGUCUGAUGUUGAACCAUGCUAACUUUGUUUGGGCUAACUUUGUUUGGGCUUGUGCACGUUAUUGGAGGACGAGGAGCAUGCCCCACAACACGAGGGAGCAGCGUCUGCCUCACAACCAAUCAGGUUUGGGGAGGUGGAGAACGGCUUUGUUUACAGUCAGAAAGAGCGGGACACUCAAAAAAUCUAAAGUCUUGACUACACAGACAUAACAAAAUACAGUGAUAUCAUUAUAUUCCCAAAUGUCAUCAAUAACUCACAGCUAUUGACUGAUAUUAAAAGCCUUUUUGUAUAUACACCACAAAAAUGAUGCUUCUUUCAGGGAAUCCUGCCUACCCCACCUUUAAUAUGGAUAUUUACACAUGCAUCUUUUAUACCUGGGAAAAAUGAAGAUUUAGUUUUGCCAAAAAAAUCUGCUUGAAAAAAAUACUUUAAAGUUUAGCUUUAAUAAGUAAUCUGAUAACCAUCCUGUGGGGCAACUAACCUGUCUCACCUGCUUUGUUUGUUAUAUCUGUUCAUUUUCAGGUGGAAUCCUUGAUUAAACAAACACUUCCUUCAACUAGAAAUAAGUCAGUAAAAAUACAAGAGGUUUAACUUCUCAGAGAAAUCUGAAGAGACUUUUCUUCUUUGCACCAUAAGUUCUUUUUUCAGCCCGAGGCAUGGAGGUGAUUUAUGCAACAAAAUCGCCUUUUUUCAAGAAGAAAGAAAGUGAUUUGAGGGUUUUUACUCCAGUCUGAUCAUCAUCAUAAACUCAGCAUCAACAAAAACUCUCCGCGUCGUGACUCACUCAAACAUUUCUCGCCUCACAACCAUCAACAUCAUCUCAGCGUCCUCCUCCACAAACAAAACACAUUAUCCUCCCUCCACAACACCAUCACCUCCUCUGGAUGGAGUCCGGUUCUGCUUCCUCAUCCUUAGUAACCCAUAAUCCACUCCAGGCUAUACAUAAUCAUAAGCAACACAUAUGGUGCCAGGAAAUUUGUGCUGACGUGCAGAGAAAGCAAGACGAGAGCAAAAAAAAAAAACAAGGAGAAUUCAGAUGACGGCCGAGUCCAGGGAAAUAAAUGCUGACUGAAGAGGAAGCAGAGGAGGAAGAGCACUCCAGGGAAGCUGCUUCAGGCGGGAAAUCCACAAAGUAGAGCUCCUAAUAAAAGUGCACUCUGGUUUAUUAUUUGGGUUACUAUAUGAUGGACUAUUAAACAUUCUGCUGGAGGAGUUCCUGAACAACUUUUUGGGCCGAGCAGCAGAAGAAUUCAGGACGUUUUUCAUCCUGGAGAAGUGAGCAGCUAACUUCCCACAGGAGAGAAGUGGGCUCUUUAUUAUGUCGGGGAGCAGAGGAGACUGUGAGGUGGCUUUCAAACAGACCUUGAGUCUUAACCUUGCUCAAAAGCUACAGCAGCAUCAGACUUUUAAUUCAGCUCCUGCUUUUUUUUUUCUUUUCUUUUUUUUUUGUGGGAUUUUCAAGUAGCUGCAACGUCUGACUGAACAAACUGCAUCUGCUUAAAGAUAAGACUUUUAUAAAGUAUCAAUUAAUGUUUUAAGUUUUCAUUGUGUGCAUUUUGAUUGGGAAGAUUUACCUUCAUAAGAAAGUACAACUAUGAACAAAAAUGACCAAAUUUUGCAGAAAUGCAUUGGACAUGUUCAUGCAAAGCUGAAUGUACACUCAGUACGUUUACAUGACACUCAAGAAAACCAAAUUUUUGCCUAAAGGUCCUCACACACCGGGAACGAUGCAAAUGAGAGGAAAAGUGCAGCACCUUUUUUUUCCCUUUAAAUGCACAGAGAAAAUGCUCAUGUUAGCUUUUAAUGCAUUUAAAGCAUUUAUCAUAUCAGUAACAGUCUUACCUUUGCCUUGCAACUCACAGUUCAAACUGUUCACUUUCCCAGUAAUGUCCGUUAAAAAUGCAAGGUCAAGUGUCCAGUCAGUGUCCUCCAGCAGCGAGGUAUCUUCCCCUCUGGACUGCAUGAACUCUUUGAUUUCACUCAAAAGUGACAAAAAAAAAAACGAAGCAGAAUUCAUCCACUGCUGAGCCAUCGGAUUUCUGUGUGUAGUAGCAGGUCAACAUAUUCAGCUGACAGCUCCUCCAAAAGUACCUUGAAUGUUCGGUGCUGUUUAGCUUUGGAACGGAUGCUGUUCAUGAUCUUUACAACGGGAGUCAUCACAUGCUCAAAGCCGAUCACUUUUGCACAUAAAGACUGCUGGUGGAUGAUGCCGUGGUAAUGCAGAAAGUUUGGGAACUCUGUGUCACCUUUACAGUGAGCAAUGAAUCCUGUGUGUCGGAUACCAGCUUUUCAAGCGGCACCUUUUUAUCCGCCAAAAACUCCUUGACCGCGUGAUAGAUGUCAACUCCCCUGGUAGUUGUCUUUAAGGGCAGAAGUGUCAGAAGUUCUUCUUUUGGGGAGAAAUCAAACACCAUCCUGAUGAAGACCAUCAGCUGCGCUGUACUGCUGCUGUCCAUCGACUCGUCACACUGGAUACUGAACCACCUGAACCUCAACAGAUCACGGUCCAGCUGGUCGACCAAGUUUGCAGACAUCGCCAACACUCUUCUUACCAUCGUUGAUGCCCCUAGUUAAACAUCAGAGAGCGUGGAGAUUACAUCAGUUCCGUAUUUAUUGUCUUCAAGCACAGUUUUAGCAAAUAUCAUCAUUGCUUCUUUGACAACCGCCCCAUCUGAAAAGGCCUUCUUUUUCUUAAUCAAGAAUUGCGUAGCUCUUGAGGCUACGGUUGCUUUUUUGUGUAAGUGGUCAGUGAAUGUCAUACCAGUCAUAUAUCAUCUUAGUUGUUUUUUCUCUCUUUUGUAAAUCCAGUCCAAAAAGCUUGUGUAAUAUAUAUAUAUAUAUAUAUAUUAAGUUUGUGAAAUUUCUUUUACUUUUAUUACAAAACACAGUACAGUAUAUUUUCUCAUUAGUUAAACAUUAAAAAUAUUUGGCUCCUUAUUUUCCUAGUAUUGAGUCGUCCUCCAUCUAAGCCCCUCCCAGCGGCACAAGUUGUAAAGAGGGAGGGGAGAAGGCGUGGAGUGAGUUUAACACAAUCACAUAAACUCCUCUCCUCAACUUUAAAUGUGCCACAAGUGAGGCAUAUUGCAUUGAAGUGUGCAACUUUGUGUUUACAAGAAAAGACCCGCAUGUCCACCAGACUGGCCAGAUUAUUUGUGACCCCUCAAACCGUAAAAUUUCAAAGCUUUCUUACCACCAACCAUUGUCAUAAAAAAAGUUAAACCAUCACCAGUUGGCAAAAAAAACAGGUUGAUGAUAAAAAAAAAUGUAGCUAGACAAUUAGAGUGUCUGUGUAACUUAAAAGGAGUUUGUUAAACUCUAUUGACUGUCCACUUCACUAUUGUAGAUGACAGGAAACACAGACCUGAGGAAGUCAAUAGAUCUGCAGAGGAUUUGCGGUUUCAUUUUAUCAACAGCAUGCUAACCCUAAAGUUGUUAGGCAGUAUCAAGUACAUUUUUGAACAUGUUUUAGGUCAUAUAAGUUGGUAUGUGGUUUCUGACACAGCAGAAGACCGGGACUGAAUGGUCCAAAACUUCCUGGAACCUUUAUAGAAGUCCUCCUUAAAAUAAAAUACAUAAAAUAAAAAUGCAUAAAGUAAAAAAAGAUAUUUAUUUUUUUAAAGUUCUGGUGCCACUCUCUCUGUUUUGCAGUUACCGUUUCAUUUGCAAUAAACAAGCAACCUUUGCAAGUAGUUCUUGUGUCCUUCCCACAUUUGUCAUGGUCCUGGAGCCAGGCUAUGACAACUAAAACAUUAAAUAAAUAAAAUAUCUGGAUACAUAGUAUUUCAGGAGUCCUCCUGUUUUGUUCACUUUAUCCUUUUUUCCCCCUGACGUACUGUAUGUUCCUAACGUUCAGAAGACGAGGGGAUUUUACUUUGAAAAUCCAAAGCGGAAAUGUCACUGUUUACAUCAGCCUCCUCGUCUCUCCUUCUCUGCAGUGUAGUAACCAAACCCGUAUAGCCUGCUAGUGUGGUGUUACGAACCCUUAGUAAUGACAAAGUGACUGUAUGGAUUAGUUCUUUGUUAUUUUAUGUCCGUAACUUAAAUUAAACUUGUUGAGAUGAGCUAAGGCUGUUUUUACCUCUGUGAGACUGUAAAGACGGUAUGUCCUCUCCUCCUCGUCAGCAUACGUAAAGGUUACUUAACAGCUUCAUUAGUUUGCUUUGUGUUUUCGGGAUGAUUCAUUCAUACGAUCAACUUACUUUUAACUAAAAAUCUUUCAAAUCAGAAGUUCGAAGCGUUUUAGACAGAAAGGUUAAUAAUGACAAACUGAAGCGUUAUACAUAGACAGGUAUAUCUGACUUUACUUCUCUGUACGUUUUUAACCUGAGAGGGUACUACUUUUGUUUAUUUUUUUAACUGAGCUUAGAUAUUCAGUUUGACUUUAUAGCGAUUCUUAUUAUUUUGUAUUAGUAGAUAAAAUAUCACCUAGUACCUGGAAAUACCCUAUUUAGCACAUCUCGGACAAAAAUCACACUUGAACGUUUACAAGAAGUUCCUUUGUAGUUUGGAUUGAGAUUAAAAACUAAUUAUGAAAAAAAAAAAAAAAACUAUUAUAAUCACUGUAUUAAGGCUAUUGUAAUUAUGCAAACACAUCAUACCAUGUAGAAAUUCAAGUUAUAUUGUCAGUUUACAUAGUAUUUAUUUUCUAUGACAUGGCUCCAAACCGCAGACUUGUUAACAGUAACAUGCAUGAAGGGGUUGGGUCAGUUUUCUCUUCUUUUGUAUUUUUGUAAUAUGGUAAAUGAAUUUAAUGAUACAAGAAAAUUCACAAACUAACUGCUCCACCAAAGUGGCAGAAAUUAUCAAAUAAUAAAUACAAGGAGUAUCUUAACUAUCUCUAACCUGAGAAUUGUGAAAUAAGAUAAAGUAAGUGAUGCGAUCAGUGCUGCGAAUCAAUUGGUUUUCUUACCAGUACAAAAAAAUAAUACCAUUUUAAAGGGAUUAAGAUCGCAUAAAUAAAGUACUUCAUGUUGAAUUUUGAAGGCUGAGCAGAGUCAGUGUUCAGAUUCCUGCUCUAACUUGCUCCAAAUACUAUAUUACGUGUCUCUUUUUUUCCCUCUAAAAUUAGGAUUGUUAUUAACUAAAUACAAAUUAUGCAUAAAAGAGAAAAGAUUUUGCCCAAAAGAAAGUGUAGAAAUGACAGAUUUUGGAAGUUUUAUUGUGUUUGACACUGAGACUCACAGACCCACUUCACAUUUAAUAUCCUAAUGUAAGUGGAUUUCCAGGCUGUGUUUAACCGACUGUUAUCAUGAUUCAAUCAGGCACAAAAGCUUGCAAACACAAAUCUAAAGAGAUUGCAUGUUUGAGACAGCCUCACCCACCUUCACUUUGCAUGGAAGAAGGAGAUUUGAUCCUGCUGUCUUCUGCUGCGAGAUUUAUGAAAAAGGUGAUUUUUCUGUGCAGGUCUUUCUGAUGGCGGUCUUGAACCUGUCCUUUGCUGCAUGUGGUUUCCUGGGGAUCUACCACCUGGGGGCUGUGGGGGCGUUUCUCCGUCAUGGGGACAAGCUGAUAGGUUCCCUUAGAGCCUGUGCGGGGGCCUCAGCCGGGGCCCUGGUGGCUGCAGUGAUGGUCACAGCUCCUGACAAGUUAGAGGUAGAGUUUUUUUUUUUUUUUUUUAAACAUCUUUAUUCAUCCCACAGACAGUCUGAGAGAGAACCCGUAGGGGGGUUUUAGCUCCCAGAAGACAAUAAGAGCAGAUUUUAUACAAUUAUUUCAAAUAAAACAGUAAAAUUAGAGAGUUUUAGUGCAGCAGCCUCAGACUCACUAUCAUCACUCUCAUUCCUCCUCAGUAUUUCCGACAGUUUUACAAACCUGGAGUGUUGAAUUAAAGACCCUGUCAGGGUGAAGUGCUUUCUCAGAUACUCACAUCAAAGAUUUGACAUCCAAGGAAGAAAUCUGUCUGUCCUAUCAAUAUUUAAACACUUGCCGAGUCUUAAAAAUGAAUGAAGUAACAUCUAAAGAUCACAAAAUCACAGCCAUACACGAUGAACUACAUUUGGAUUUCAAAUAAAGAAAUUUUCCAGUGAGAUAUUUUUAGAAGAAGGAGUUUAUUGAAGAUACUCAAAAUGAUCUGUGGCUUGUAAACUGGGACAAAAUUUCAGAAAAAGUAAUAUAGACAUGAGACAGUAGAGGAUGAGUAAAAACAAGUGAAAUGCUUUGAUUUUUUACUCAACUAGGACUUUUCUAAAUCUUGUGUUUUUCUAUUGUACAAUCACAAAUAUAUCGUAAAUUAGCAAAAGAAAGGAAAGCUUGCACCAGUCUAAAAUCCUUUCUUUGCAGUGGUAUGUUACGUUGGAUGGAUGUUUUGUUAUAUUUGGUUGCAUCUGCGCAGCUCUUUUAGCCACAUUGUUGGUGCACUAAUGCACAGUUGGAAAAAAAAAAACAGAGUGUAACUUAAUAAAAGGUGAAAACAGUCACAGCUAAGUUUGUUCCCUUCUUUUGCAGCACUGUAAAGACUUUACCUACAAGUUUGCUGACAGCGUGCGACAACAAAGGUUUGGGGCCGUCACACCAGGAUUCAACUUCAUGCUCACGCUGCGGUAAAUAUUCAACAUGCACCGAUGUGGGACUUAGCAAAAAGUAGGGGCGGGAGAAAAAAUAGAUACAGCACAGUAUCGUGAUAUUUUGUCUGGUGAUAUAUCGUAUCAUCUCAUUUGCCAAGUAUCAAUUUUUUCAAAUUAAUUGUUGAUAUGAAGUCAAAUCUAUGAUGAUGGAAAAAUAAAAUCAACUGUUUGUUCAGUGAGGUUGUUAGAGGUGGCAUCAUGGAGCAGGAGAAAGUUAGUGCAACAAAUAUAUACAUAUAUAAAUAAGGUUUGCAAGAUGUGCUACAUGAAAAUAAAAUACUGUGUAAAUAAGACAAACAUAAAGGAAAGACAAAUGCUAAACUAGCUAAGUUGUUGAAAAAAAAUUAUAAAUCGCAAUAUAUGGUAUUGCAAUACUCUCUUUAUUGCAAAAUGUUAAAAAUCACAAAAAUAUAUUGAUAUGAUCACAAUAUGAUCAAGUAUCGUGAUCAUAUCAUGGCCCAAGUAUCGUGACAAUAUCAAAUCGUGGUCCAAGUAUCAUGAUAGCAUCGUAUCGUGGCCCAAUUAUUGUGAUAAUAUCGCAUUGUGGCCCAAUUAUCAUGAUAACAUCGCAUUGUGGCCCAAGUAUCGUGAUAAUAUCGUGUCGUGGCCCAAGUAUCAUGAUAAUAUCGUACCAGGGCCCAAGUAUCAUGAUAAUAUCGUAUCAGGGCCCAAGUACCAUGAUAAUAUCGUAUCAUGGCCCAAGUAUCGUGACAGUAUCGUAUCGUGUGGCCACUAGUGAUUCCCACCUCCAGCAAAAGCUGCUUAUUACUCAAAGGAUUUAAAGGAUGCAAUUCUUUAAUUCAAAUCUCUAAUUUGUUCUGUAAGAUACUGUGAGCUCCACUUUUUGGGGUUGCAGAGGUACACUUGGUACUGCUACAGAAGGCUGUAGGAGCAGUUAACGCUGCACCAAAGCAGACAACAUAAAAAAAAAAAAAAGAUAUCACGCAACUGCAGAGAGAAGAUUGGCUGCAAAGUUGACUCUGAAAUACAAGUUUAGACUUAAGAGGAUUGAUCUAAAUUGGGACUCCAGGUCUAAGCAGCAGGAAGAGGCGGUCAUGAGCCCACUCCCCCCUCGUUAGUAUGCUGCCAUGGUUCAGUGUAUGUUGAACAGAUUGAGUAAUAAUUACUUGUCGAUAGAAAGAGCAGUGUUUUUAUGACGCCCUGAGGGGAUUCAGGCAUUAAAACCCUGACAAAUGAUUGUGUGUGUGUGUGUGUGUGUGUGUGUGUGUGUGUGUGUGUGUGUGAACUGUCUCCAGGGAGGGGAUUGAAGAGAUUCUCCCCGCUGACGCUCACAAUCUGGCCUCUGACCGCCUCCACGUCUCCAUAACUCACUCAAAGAGCGGGAAGAACCACCUGGUGUCCCGGUUUACCUCCAGGGAGGAGCUCAUCCAGGUACACAAGCCCGAUCUGUAAAUAAAACACAAAUCCUUUAAGUUUUAAAGCGUCAUCAUAAAUGUUUUAUGUCCUGGUGUCUUUACUUUUACAGCUCAGUGUUUGUUUUUUAUGACUUCGACCUGAAGAUGACACCGACAAAGUCACUCCUGUGUCAUAAACAUUCACAGUGUCAUGUGUUUAUAUACAUAUAUUAUACAUCCAAACAAAGUUGCUGCUUCUCCUUUAUGUGACAUUUGCAGAAAGUUUUCUCCAUGCGAGGAAUUUUAAGGAUGUAUUAAAAAGUUUUGAGAACACAUUGAGGUAGCUGCUGUUUAAUGUGUUUCCAAAAAUCCGACUUCACCUGAGUUGCAUUCCUUGUAUAUCACAUAACUUAAAUCUAGUAUUUUUUUAAUUUUAAAUAUUCUUUUGAGAAGGUUUUUAAUUUGCAUUUUGUUGUCUAUUUUUUUUUGCAAAAUCACUGUAAAAAUGUCUGGCAUCAUACAGAAAAAGCUCCUGAAAUUUUGUGAUCGAGUGAAAAACGAUCUGCUCUUUAUGAACUUUGUUACUAAACAUGCUGAAGUUACAGCUACUGAGCAUCUUUCUGCAGUUUUAUAUGACUCAGUCUUAACUUCCCUCCUUCAGGCUCUCCUAGCCAGCAGCUUUGUGCCUGUCUACGCUGGACUCAAACCCAUGGACUUCAGAGGACAGGUCAUUGUUUAUCUUCCUCAGAUCUUUCUCGCACAGACUGAUAAAGCUAUAACUGACUUGUGUUGAUUUCCUUUUGAUAUUCCAGAAAUGGAUCGAUGGCGGAUUCACCGACAGUCUACCCAUUCUGCCUGUAGGACGAACCAUCACCGUGUCUCCUUUUGCCGGACUGCAGGAUGUGUGUCCGGUCCACAGGGGGCGCCUCAACACUCAGCUCAGACUAGCUAACAUGAACAUUAUGGUAAAUACUCAACGAUUACGUCACACUGGUCUGAUGGAGGGAGUUUGAUACACCUGACAGAUAAGUGUUUGUAAUAUUUGAACGGAUUUGCCCUUUAGGUCUAGUUUUUCACUCAGCUGCAACAUCUUUUUCGGACUUUAAUGAAAAAUACUGCCACACCGUCGACAUCACGCCUACUCUUUCGUACUUUGUUUGUACCUUAGUACACGCUGUCGUUGUGAUUUUGCGGGCUCAGCUUGCUGGAUCAGGGCGCUGCUAGAUAGAGGUGCUGGAGCGGAGUUUAGAAUGGACUGCUUGCAUUGGAAUGCUGAUAUUGGAGAUUUUAGAUGCAGGCCGAUAUAAUCCGAUAUUUGUUUUUUUGCUGACAUCCCUAAUAAGAAUAGUCAGGCUCACAAAAUGCAUGUUUUUACCGUGCAGGAUCAGAGAGUAGAGCUUAUUUAGAAAGAAAACAUGGAGUGGAUGAACCAUAGAUAGUUUCAGACCAACAAAUGGUUCACUAGAUCCCCAGAGGUCCACAAACUUGGUUCACAGGAAGAUUUUAUCAGCUGCUUUAAAUGACUAAAUUUUCCUGUUUCGUUCCUGUAAUCCAGCCUGAAUCUACCUCUCUAAUCUAGCUUUUUGGAUUAAAGUUAUCCCAAAACUGUUGGAUUCAUCAGGAUAAAAACUAUGACUGGCUUACCUGAUAUACCCAGAGUUCUUUGUAUCUAAUCCAAUCUGAUAAUUAUAAUCUGAUGAGAUUACUUUUGAAGAUCUGGGCUCUGGAGUCCAUCAUUAUUAGAAAAAUAACAAUCACAUUUGGAGAAAACUGGAGUACUUCCAGACUCUCUUCCAGUCAGAUUUGUCCCCAUGAUUUUAGAGGCGAGUAGAGCAGACGUGUAACUUUCAAGUAGAGAGAAAAUUCAAAGACCAAACACUGGAUUGGGGUUAUGUGUAGCACACUCAUGUUCCAGUCUAUAUACAGUAGAUUAGAGCUGAUUUUUGUUGAACACUGAGGCCUUGAGGAGAACUUUUCGUAUCCAUGUGUUUUUUUUUAGCAGUUUUUAAUGAUGUGACUUUGUUGGGGGCUCAUAACACUGUUGAAUCCACCUGCAUUUGGCGCUUGGUGGGUGUUAAUUUAAGACCUAGGGGUGCCGUUAAAAAAUUUUAAGCUUGUAGUUGACCUUUGGUUGAAAAAUAAUUGGUUUGCAGAGCUGUUUUUGAAGCUGAUAACAGUUUGUGUUGUUUCCUUGACUCUCUGAUUGCAGGUGGGUAGAUGAAAACGUGGACAAGGCCUAAAUGAGCUUUUUGCUUCUGCCUGUUAAGAGCGUAUGGAUGUAUGAUGAGUAGAAAAUAAACCACUGAAACUUUUAUUCAAGGUCCUAAAAUCAAGGAUUUGUCAUCUUGACCUCUAACGUUCGCCGUCGUUGAUCUUGUUAUGCUGUGCUGAAAUGUCAUCUCUUUUCCUCUUUCAUGAUAAAUUCUGUUUGUGUCUUUCAGUGGGAACUAUAUUUUCUGAAGAUUUUCUGUCAGACUUUCUUCAAAAAAAUCUCAAGAUCAAUUUUGUGUUUUCUUUCAUUUCCUCAGUUCUCAGUGGAGAACAUCAAACGUCUCAACCAGGCUCUGUUCCCUCCAUCUGGCAGAACCAUGGCGUCUUUCUAUGAAGAAGGUUUUAGUGACGCUGUGAGAUUCCUGAAGAGAGAAGCCUGGACGAGCUGAUGAAAAAGAGACAUUUUUAAACAUUUUAAAGGUUUUUAUUUAUUGGGUUUUUUUUUUUCUUUUCUGAGUGAAACAUCCCGAGUGUUUCCGUGGAGUGAUGUUAUCGGUUUGCUUGGAUCUUUCUCCUCCUCCGUUUUUAUUUAUAAAGCCGAGCAUGAAAGAGUGUGUGAGCCUCCUCGGUCAGAUAAAUGUUAUCACACACACACUCUGCUCUUUCUGCUCUGCUUCAUGUGACAGCAGCAGAACAUGAUGAAGAGCGCUCGUGAAAACACGGACUCCUCAUCAAUUUUCCAGGGAGGCUUUUAAUUUCCCUCAGCUGGAGGCAGAGUGAGUGUGAGAGAAAGAGAGAGAGAGAAGGGGGGGUAUUGGACAGCGCAGCGGUUCACAGGAUGGCAAUGCUGCCGUCAUGGAAGUCGGCGCUCCCUCAGGAUGGAGCGGCGUCUUUGAAGUGCCGGACUCUUCUGCAGGGUUUCUGUUUGAUUCCCUCCAGCAUCACAGGCGUGAGCAGCUUCUCCAUGUUGGAGGAGACACGCAGAGCUGCUGCUGCUGCUGCUGCUUCUCUGGGGAGGAAGGGUAAUCGAUUAUAUUGUAAUAUCCACACACAGUCAGGCUCUUUUGCUCAAAAAAAAGGAACCACCGGGGAUGAAGCAAGACUUUUAAAGAGUGGAAAUCUAUACUUUAUUUUAAUUUGGAAUGUCCCAAAACAGUCCAGGGGGCGGCUCAAAAACAGAUCAGGAUCUGGUUUCCCAGAAGCUACAUCAAACCAGAGUGAUUGUAAAAUCCAUCUUUGAUUGGAAGGAGUUUCCCACCAGCUUUAGGAGUCAAGAGAAACUAUGUCAUGGUCAAAUCCUGUUCACUGAGUUCUGAGCAGGAAAACAGACUCAAUACAAUCAGUCUGAGUUUAAAGUCUACAGAAAAUUACUUCAGUAAGUUUUUGAUCAUGAAUGAAAUAGAUUCAUUUUUAUACAGCUGUACCGAGCAUGACCAUAUGACUUACUGAGUUAGAAGUGUGUAAAAGACACUCGAUCCCACCCAAAAAACUCUCUUAUUUAACUUCGUGCGACUCCAUGACUCCGCCCCCUGUGUAGCCGUGUCCUCUUUUUCAGAAGUCAGAAUAUGGUCACCCUAGCUGUAUCCAAAAGCAAAAAUGACCAUCAAUGACAAGACGGACAAUUUUAGAUUAGGGCUGGGCGAUACGGCCUCAAAUCAAUAUCACAAUAUAUUGAGCAGUUCACUUCAAUUACGAUAAAUGAAUGAUAACUACUCCACAAGCUGCUCACCCCCUUCCACAUUAAUUUUGUCUACCAUAGCCACCGCUCCAGUCGCUAAAACUUUUGAACCGUCCUCCAUCUCCUCACCUGUCUUUCACCUCUUUGUUACGUCUCUGAUGUAGGACAGUGUCUUAAAGGGACAUAAGACCAUAGCCUGCCUACACACAUCCAAAACCAACUUUUAUUUAUUCAUGACGUCAGUUAUUGUCAUAAAUUUCGGUAUCAGUAAACUUUCGGUUUAUCGCCCAGCCCUAUUCUAGAUCUUCGCUUCUCAUUCCUGAAACUGCUAUCUCUGCAUUAAAUGACACUUAUAACUGUCUAAAUUUAGCCGGAGGAGAUUAUUGGUCAGAAAUCACCGUUUAAUCAUGUAGAGGGCGGGUUAAUCAAAGACUGCUGUCUCCACAGGGGGCGCCAAAUCUGACACAAACUAAGUUCCUCACAGAAGCUUUAAAAAUAAAGUGAUGUUUAUCAUCUGUAUGAGCUUGUGGAUGUUGCUCCUUGAUGUUUUGGAUGUUUUCCUGUUCCAACACACCUGAUUCAAAUGAUCAGCUCCUUAGUAAGCCAUCACAGAGCUUGAUAACGAGCUGAUCAUUUGAAUCAGGUGUGUUGGAGCAGGGAAACAUCUAAAACAUGCAGGACAGAGUUAAGAUAAAUCUUUUUCAUCAGUCAAAGAUUAAAAUUUUAGACCUCAAAGUUGAUCCAAAGGCUACUGCAGUGAUUGAUUUAUUUUAACAUCUUAAACAGAGGCCUCUACAGCCACAGACACUAGGUCAACAGCAGCUGACUCUGCAGGAAUCAUUUCCCCAUCUGGCAUGAAAGAAACUGUUAGAAAUCUGUUUCUUAAGUCAUGGUGCUCGGAUAUGUUCAGUUAGAGGUAUUAGCUGCCCAGGCUCAAGUAUUUAGGCAAAGAUACCCUUUCUUAUGUGGUUUUAUUUCACUGAAACUCAUGCAUGAGCUUCAGCAGUUUAGAUGAGUUUGAAUCUGGUUAGUGAGGACCAGGCUCCCUGAAGCAGAGAUGGGAACUGUGGAGUCACCAAGUCAUCUCCAUUCUGCUCUGUCACUGAACCAGCUGCUUCCAAUGAGCAGCCAGAAAGGUGAGCUCAUUAGUGAAGGCACCUGGUUCAGUAACUGAGCAGAACAAAUACAUGACAAGGAGAUGACUUGGUGACUCCACAAUUCCCAUCUCUGCCCUGAAGAGUCUGUGUCAAACAGCUCACUCACAAAGGUCAAAGAGUCGUCCACCUACUGAGCAUGUUAUGGUCUAAAAGAGGUCUAACAGACAUCUAAAUGUAGCCUAGUGAGUACUUGGUAAACAGUUAUGCAACUCACAGUUGCUUUUUGAAAUAAAUAGUUAUCAAAUAAUGAGUUAAAGUGCAACGUCUAAAUUCCAUCUAAUAAUAUAAAGAAUCUUGACGGUUGAAAUUAGGUCUAAAAAAAACUAGACGUCUCAUAGCCGUUUUUUGCUCAGUGGGCAGGGGCUCCAAACUUUUUCAAACUCCAGGGGUUCUGUCGUCAUGUCUUUGUGAAGUUAAAUAAAGAUAGUUCGAACCUCUAAA